AUGUGCUUCGGCGAACGUACCACGUUCGUCUGCUCCGUCGAUGGAUGCACCAACAAACAUUGGGAAACCAAGUACUAUGCCUUUGAUGCUGAUCCUGACAGCGGUAAAUGCGAUGCGGGCAGCUUUCUCGGUACUUGCGCUGAGCCCUGGCUGGUCUACCACCAGGAAGAGAUAAUGUGCAGAGAAUGUUCCACUCGAUGGACCGAGAAAUCGCCCCCUCCUCCUCCCACCCCUGUAACCUGGCAUCCUCAAGAUCACACUCACUCGUUGCCUACGUUGCCAACCUAUGAGCAGUUUGAACAAGCGAUUCUUAAGUCAGGUGAGCUCACAGGCCCCAUGAUAGUCGCUCGCGAGCUGAAUCGUCAGCCCCGUGAUGGCCACUCGAUUGUCACUCAACAGAACGUACCGGAGCACCAUCUGCUCGGCCAGAUCGAGGACAUCAUCAGAAGAAGAAAUGCAGAUGACCUGGCUCCUGAGGGGUCAGUCUAUACGCCAAACGUCGCCGACUCAAUCGGAGCUACUACUGAUGCGGACGAUGUUCAUCCUCCACCACCGACUACUCCCGUCCGCGCUCUGUCACGUUCUGAGAUCCCAGCAGCAGUCUUUGAAGGGCCCCUCCCACAGGCUCUGCUCAACGAUACGCCAUUGCCUGCCUACGAUCAGGUUGCGAGUCGUGGACAUGCUCCAGUCUAUUCCGUGUGGGAUCUCGGUGAUAUCCCCAUCAAUCUGCGUACACUGAAACGACUGUCUGACUAUGAUUACUAUCUACGCAAGGCACUAUCGAAUGAUCUCCAGAAUCAGAUUGUGAGUAUUGUUGACGCCACUUCCACAGCCAUGAUAAUGCCACACCGCUGUUCUGUUACUAAGCUGCAGAAGAUUGCUGAUGCUGCACAAUACCUCGAGGAAGGAUUGGCCAGACUCUACAACAAGGCAAAUGACCGCCAGAACAUCGUCUUCCAGUACAACACCACCAGUGCUACUGAGAACCAGGUUGCUGAGUGGGUAGCUGAGAUCACAAGAAACCCUGAAAACAGCGUGCGCAGCCAUGCUCGCCGCUUCACCGAGUGGAUCCGUCGACUCGAAUACGAGCUUAUGCUUGAUUUUCGUCUAGACAAUCCUGUAGAUGGUUACAAACUUCCUGAUGGUUCCAGCUACCCCGAUUGCCAACAGAUCAACCGCAUCUUGGAACAAGAGGAAGUCCGCGACCAAAGGAUCAUGCACGGUGAGAACUGGGACGAGACGUCCGGUACCUAUGUCGAAGCAAGCGAUACUGACAAACUUCUGAUCGCAGAUAUCAAGCGCCGUGACAAGGAAUUUCCUUCUACCUAUCGCCCCAAUGAUCACUAUGGUGAUCAAGACAAGCCUAGCUGGCGUGACGGUACCCGUGGUCCUGUCCAUGCAGACACCCACAUCCCUAUCCGCGUUCCUACUGCUUUUGGUGUACCAGCCCCUCGACCCCUGCCCGGUCCCAACGAUCCUAGGGAAGUGAUCGAGCUUGAGGCUGAUCAACCAAGAGUGGUCAUUGAUCUGACAGCCGACAGUCCGGGUGAUCCUAUGGAAAUCGACUAG